AACAAAGAGCCGUGACAAUUCAGCUGGCCUAGUUUGCCUCGCCUGCGUCUCCGUUUUGCUGGCAGUAUAUCCAUCCCAUCACCCUUUCUUCAUCAGGACCGAGCUCGAUCCAUCCAUCUGCGCUUGCGCCUGUGACUGGAACUGCUUGCAUCUAUGAUGAGGACGACGACGACGACAUGGCCACGCCUCCUCUGCUCUUGUCGCUUCCUCCUCUUCAUCCUGGUCGUCACUGCCUUCAGCCAGCACCAGCAGCACCUCGCAUUCGCCUCCUCCGGCUCCGGCUCCAGGCGGGUGGUGACCAGCCUCCCUGGCUUCGAUGGCCCCCUCCCUUUCCAUCUCGAAACCGGGUACGUGGAGGUGGACGAGGACAACGGCACCGAGCUGUUCUACUACUUCGUCGAGUCCGAGUCCGAGUCUGGCUCCGGCGGCGCAGACGCCCCUUUCCUCCUCUGGUUCACCGGCGGCGACCGCUGCUCCGUCUUCAGCGGCCUCGCCUACGAGAUCGGUCCAAUCAGGUUCGUCUUAGAGCCCUACAAUGGCUCCUUGCCGCGCCUCCGGUACAACCCAAACUCUUGGUCAAAGGUAUCGCAUAUCCUCUUUGUUGAUUCGCCGGUUGGGGCUGGAUUUUCCUUUUCCCGGCAACCCAAAGGCUAUGAGGUCGGAGAUGCAUCGGCCUCACUGCAACUACAUGAAUUUCUCAUCAAGUGGUUCAGGAACCAUCCCAAGUACCUUGCAAGUCCUUUCUACAUCGGUGCAGACUCCUAUGCUGGAAAACUUGUACCGUUCCUUGCGCAGAUGGUAUCAGAAGAUAUUGAAGCAGGAAGGGGCCCCCUCCUUAAUCUCAAGGGCUAUCUAGUAGGUAACCCGAUCACAGGCGAAAGUGUUGAUGUUAACUCUAGAGUGCCUUGUGCUCACGGAUUUGGUAUAAUAUCAGAUCAACUAUAUGAGACGAUAUUGAGGCAUUGCCAAGGUGAAGACUACACCAAUCCUGCAAAUGCGCUGUGUACUCAGGCUUUGGGUAUUUUCAACAAUCUCAUCUCCGAAGUUCAGCAGGCCCAAAUUUUGUUGGACACCUGCGUUUACGCGUCUCCUGUACCAAAACCAAACAGCAGGACGGACGGGUCAGAUGGUAGAAAGAUCCUAAUAAUGGAGGAGAUCAGAGUGGGGCAGCUAAAUCAUCCACCAGCUCGUCCUCCAUUUGGUUGCAUCACUUACGGCUACUACCUGUCGUAUUUCUGGGCGAACGACAGACGCACCCGAGAUGCUCUUGGGAUCAAGAAGGGGAGCGUGGACGAGUGGGUGAGAUGCCACGAUGGAGAUUUGCCUUACUCGAACGAUCUCCAGAGCAGCAUCAAGUACCACAGGAACCUCACGUCCAGAGGUUACCGUGCUCUCGUAUACAGCGGCGAUCAUGACCUGUUGGUGCCGCACCUGGGCACGCAGGCAUGGGUCAGGUCGCUAAACUUCCCCGUCGCCGAUGACUGGAGGGCGUGGCAUCUCGACGGGCAGUCAGCAGGAUUCACGAUAAGUUACUCAAACAACAUGACAUUCGCGACAAUAAAGGGUGGCGGUCACACGGCGCCAGAGUAUGAGCCUGAGAGGUGCUUCGCCAUGUUCAGCCGCUGGAUACUCAAUCGGCCACUUUAAUAACCUGUGCCUGCUGGACAACCGGACAUAGAACAGAUGAUUAUUAUGCAUCGACGAAUAAAUCUGUUGUUUCAAAGUAUAUUUUACCAACUUCC